CGAAUUUCAAUGGAGAUAAUUACCUCGAAAUAUUUUUCUGUUCAACAUUCAAUCUAUGUGAAUACUAAGAAUUAUCGAUCAUAUUAUACAUUGUCAUCGAAUAAAGAAAAUCUAGUGGUAUCAUAUCUGCAUUAGUUCAAUUUAGGCAAUCAAGACUUCAAUAAAUAAAUAGAGAAAAAGUCACUAGGACUGAUGACAAUCAAUUAAUCGACCAAAACCAUUCCAUAUGGAUUUUUAUACAGUGGAUUCUCGACUUACGAACAAAAUUUUAACGAAAAAAAAUUUAAAUUUGAAAUUUUGAAUUUUUCCAACGAAAAAAGAAUGUAGAACCAAUCAAUUGUGAUUCAAAUUGGCUGUCAAAUAAACUAAUAAAUUAUCAUAAUUGAUGAAAUUUCUUAAUUUCAACCGGACAUUAAAAAAUUUAAACUUCUGGAACGCAAUUGUUCAUUGGUAGAGUUCUCACUGUUCAACCAAAAAAAGAAAAUGCCAUCAUUAUUAUCGUUGAUAAUGAUAUUGCAUGGCGAAAUUCAUAAUUCAAAAAAACCGAUAAAAAACGUAACAUUCUUGAGUUUUUCAUUCAUUCAUCAAACUAAGCAACAACAGAAAUGUUAGAUCAGAAUGUCGAUGGAGAAAUUAAUUCAAAAAUUUUAUGAACAUAUAUUUCCAUUGCUUUAUUAUAAUCGUCUCAUAUUGGAAAAAUGGCCAGAUUUUUUUUUAAAUGAUGAUGGUUACAUACGACAAAAAAAUUUCAAUCAACAUCUUGGUCGUCCAUUUUAUCAAGUUACAAUACCUGGUAUUAUUACGACAUUUAUUGGCCUAACAAUAUUCAUAUACGUUAAUAAUCCAGCUUGGUGUCGACAAUAUUCAUUUUGGUUAUUGGCACAAUUCCCACCAGAUGAUGGUGGACAGAUAUAUACAUUAAUCGUAGCCGCUAUAUGGUCAUUAUUACAUAUGCUACAAAUGUUUUAUGGAUAUCGUACAAAUCUACGGGAUUUUGAUUUUCUUAUUGUUCUAAAUCUUGAUCCAGAAACCGUUGUGCGAAAAGAAAAUGGAAAUAAAGAAAAUAAAAAAUGUAAUGACCGAUUAUUAUUGAAUGCCAAUGAAAGGCAACAAUUAAAAACCUUUAAAAGGCGAAUGUUUUUCAUCCUCAAAUUGAUAAGUCAUUCAAUAGCGGCUGUUGGCUACACUGCAAUAGCCAUACAGAUUGUACUAAAACGUCUUUGGGAGUUAUCGUUUUUUUGGUUAAUUUUUUGGAGUUGGACAUAUGCUACUUGGUCAUAUUAUAUCUGUUCAGCUUUAUAUCAAUUUCCAACUAUUGCCCAUUUAAUAUUUCAUUAUAUAAGAUUGAAACAAAAAUCAGUACAAAAACAAAUCACACGUCUUAAUCAGCUAAUGCAAUCAUCAACAUCGUUAAAUCGAAAAUCCAAAUAUAGAAUGACAAAACAUUUCAUUCGCAUAAAUCGUAUGCAUUUCAAUAUAAACAAAGAAAUUAUUAAAAUGAAUAAUCAAUCCAAUCGAAUUUUAACCAUAUUAUUGACUGGUUUUACAAAUCUUAUUACAUAUAUAACAUUUCUUAUUUUUUUUGUUGAAAUGUUUUCAGUUUAUCGUCUGUUACUUAUUAUUGUUUAUACUGGCCAUUGCUGUACUUUAUUAUCAUUGAUAUAUUGCUGUUCAAGAAUUUUCACAAGAAAUCAACAAUUUUAUCAUUCAACACGUAAAUAUUUGACCAAUUCAUAUGCAAAAAAUUUUAUGAAUGUUAUUAAUUUUAACAAGUAUGAAUCAAUCAAUGAGAUAUCGAUGAAAAUACCAUUUGGUUUCACAUUGACUAACAAUAUAUUGAUUACGCAAAAUUCAUUUACAACCGUAUUCUAUGAUAUGAGUACAAUAUUUUUUCUAUUAAUGAAAUGAAAAUCAUGAAUUUCAAAAACAGAAAACAACUAAUCCAUGGCGAUUUCAUAUUCUUAUUCAAAACAAAACAAACAAACAACAACAACAACAACAACAAAACAACAACAAAAAUGGCAAAAAUUACUUAUCUACUUUUGUGUUAAGAUUUAAAAUUUAAUGUAUCUAAGAUGAAAUAAUAUUAUGAACUAGAUAGAAUGUGAAAACACCAUAGAAACACAAAUAUUAAAUUAGAGAAAAAAAGUGGAAAUGUAUAAUAAUAUUAAUAAAAAUUAAUUUAUAAGAUCA